AUUUGUGUACUGUGACGAGAGAAGGAAAAUUAUGGAAAAUGAAUUAUAUCGGAGUGAAGUUGAAUGUAAAAGAGAGUCUGAAGAAAUUGAUUUUUCUGGAGAGGAGAAGAAUGAAAAGGGCAAAGCAUCGUAUGAUUGUGAUAUCUGUGGUAAAUCAUUUUCUGAAACUGGUAACUUAACUAAGCACAAGCGUAUUCAUACAGGAGAUAAGCCAUAUCAUUGCGACAUCUGUGGUAAAUCAUUUUCUGUAAAUGGUAGCUUAACUCAGCACAAGCAUGUUCAUACAGGAAAAAAGCCAUAUCACUGUGAUAUCUGUGGUAAAUCAUUUUCUCAAAAAAUUAGUUUCACUGACCACAAACGUAUUCAUACUGGGGAAAAACCAUAUCAUUGUGAUAUCUGUGGUAAAUCAUUUUCUGUAAAUG